CUGCCCCGCCGUCGGCUCCCCGCGCGCAGGUCCGCGGGGCGGGGCAGCUGCCCAAGGGCCACCCCGGGGCGUUCCCGCAGGGCGCCCUCGGCGGCCCCGACCGCCCCCAGAUGUUCUACGCGGUCUCCCAGGCGCGCGUGAACGCGGCCCCCGCGACCAUGCUGCGGCCACAGCGGCCGGGAGACGUGCCGCUCGGGGCCUCCCUGUACGAACUGGUGGGCUACCGGCCGCACCCCUCCUCCUCCUCCGCGACCUCCUCCUCCACCACGGCCCCCCUGCUCCCCAAGGCCGCGCGCGAGAAGGCCGAGGUGCCCGCCGACCCUCCGGGCUCGGGAGCGGGGCCGGGCGCGCACGCGGGCGGCGGCUCCCGGGCGGACCCCAAAGAGGAGCAGCAACAGCAGCUGCGGCGCAAGAUCAACAGCCGCGAGCGGAAGCGCAUGCAGGACCUGAACCUGGCCAUGGACGCGCUGCGCGAGGUCAUCCUGCCCUACUCGGCGGCGCACUGCCAGGGCGCGCCGGGCCGCAAGCUCUCCAAGAUCGCCACGCUGCUGCUGGCGCGCAACUACAUCCUGCUGCUCGGCAGCUCGCUGCAGGAGCUGCGCCGCGCGCUGGGGGAGGGCGCCGGGCCCGCGCCGCGCCUGCUGCUGGCCGGCCUGCCGCUGCUCGCCGCCCCCGGGCCCGUGCUGCUGGCGCCCGGCGCCCUGGGGCCGCCCGACGCGCUGCGCCCCGCCAAGUACCUGUCGCUGGCGCUCGAGGAGCCUCCGUGCGGCCAGUUCGCGCUCCCCGGCGGCGGCGCGGGCGGCGGGGCGGGCGGCCCGGGCCUCUGCACCUGCGCCGUCUGCAAGUUCCCGCACCUGGUCCCGGCCGGCCUGGGCCUGGCCGCCGUGCCGGCGCCGUUCUCCAAGUGAGCGCACCCCCG